AUGAGGAAGGCAUCCAUGCAUAAUGCCGCGACCAAAUGGUGCAACUAUAAAUUACGCGCGCGCGUUUACCCCCGAAGCUUGACGCAUCUACCCCCGGUAGUAAGGUGCAAAGCUCACUAUAGUGCAUUCUUCGCGCAAGUUGGUGCGGCUGCUCCGGAAAAAAGGUGCGUUUACCAUUCAGACGAGGAACUUGUCUAA